AUGCUAGCUCCUUCAGGACAAAUGGCAAAGCUUGACCUGGUGCAUAAGAAGCUCUUAAAUGAGUGGAAGAAAGAUGCAAAGAGGAAUAUACAAUUAAUUGGGGAUAUUUUGAAGGAGGCAAAGGAAGGGAUGAAUGAUAUGGCUUGCUUGAAUGAGCUGAAUCAAGACGCACUAUUUAUAAUUCAUCGUGAUGUCUUUGAAAUCGACGCGAUGUACGCACUCUUGUGUGAAGAUUUUGAACGGUUCAAUGAAGCAAUCACCGUAGUUUUGAAUUUCUAUAACAGCUACCAUAAUGCCGUCCCGUCCCCAAAUAAGUAUUUGAUGAUUGGCCUUGACUUGAUGUAUUUGCUAGCAACAAAUCGACUUUCUGAGUUCCAUAUGCUACUCGAGCAACUUGAACAGUCUGUGCAGAAAAGCAACCCAUAUAUAACCACUCCUGUGAACUUGGAGCAGUCACUUAUGGAAGGGGUGUACAGUAAGGUUGUUCUGACAGAGGGAACAAUUCCUAGUCCGUUUUAUUCCAUUUUUAUCCGCAUAUUAAAGGACACGGUCAGAGGUGAUAUUGCUACAUGUAUUGAAGCUGCGUUUAAGAGGCUUUCUGUUAAGGAUGCCGCACAAAUGUUAUUCUUCACAAAAGUUGAUGACGUCAUACCCUUUGCAAAGCAGAGGAAAUGGAGAACGGUUAACGGGGUUUAUGUCUUCGAUGACGAAAGGCCUGUCGAGUUUGUUCGCGGCCAGCAUUUGAUUGACCACAGUGAGAAGCCGAAAGCUCGUCUGGACACUGAAAGGAUAGCAAAGCAGAAUAUUUUUUAUGCAAAGCAACUCGAAAUGAUCGUCUAG